GCAGAUGAACCAGCAUAAACUAAUAUAUAAAGAGAAACCCCUAAAUUGUUCUUUCAAAAGGAGUUAUUUCUCUCUCUUGAAUUCGUUCCUGCAGUGCUUCACGCUUCUUCACCACCCUCUUGUUUGUUUGCUGAUUUGAGGCCAUUUAAUCAGGUUUUGCUGAGGUGAAGAGAUCAUAUUCAUUGUGUGGUGUGCAGUUUUCAAGUGAAAAGAUAGGCAUUAAGUGAAGAAAAAAAAUGGUGAAAAUCUGUUGCAUUGGAGCUGGGUAUGUUGGAGGGCCUACCAUGGCAGUUAUUGCCCUCAAAUGCCCCAAAAUUGAAGUAGUUGUUGUUGACAUCUCGGUUCCUCGGAUCACAGCUUGGAACAGUGACCAACUACCUAUAUAUGAGCCUGGCCUCGAUGAUGUGGUGAAGCAAUGCCGUGGAAAGAAUCUCUUCUUCAGCACCAAUGUUGAACAGCACGUCUCAGAGGCUGACAUAAUCUUUGUUUCUGUCAACACCCCAACCAAAACCCGAGGGCUUGGGGCUGGUAAAGCUGCAGACCUCACAUACUGGGAGAGUGCAGCCCGGAUGAUUGCUGAUGUGUCAAAAAACAACAAGAUUGUUGUUGAGAAAUCAACUGUACCAGUGAAAACAGCCGAGGCAAUUGAGAAGAUCCUCACCCACAAUAGCAAGGGCAUCAAAUUUCAGAUUCUUUCAAACCCGGAAUUUCUUGCUGAAGGAACUGCAAUUCAGGACCUUUUUAACCCCGACCGUGUUCUCAUUGGUGGGAGAGAGACCCCUGAUGGGCAAAAAGCAAUCAAAGCCUUGAAAGAUGUUUAUGCUCAUUGGGUGCCCGAAGAGAGGAUAAUAUGCUCCAAUUUGUGGUCAGCCGAGCUCUCAAAGCUUGCCGCCAAUGCCUUCUUGGCUCAGAGGAUUUCAUCAGUCAAUGCCAUGUCUGCUCUCUGUGAGGCAACUGGGGCUGAUGUUUCACAGGUUUCCCAUGCUAUUGGCACAGACUCUAGAAUUGGGCCUAAGUUCCUCAAUGCCAGUGUUGGCUUUGGUGGAUCGUGUUUUCAAAAGGACAUUCUUAACUUGGUUUAUAUCUGUGAGUGCAAUGGCCUUAUUGAAGUCGCAAAUUAUUGGAAACAAGUCAUUAAGGUCAACGACUACCAAAAGAGCCGUUUUGUGAACCGGGUUGUUUCCUCAAUGUUCAACACAGUCUCGGGUAAAAAGAUUGCCAUUCUCGGCUUUGCCUUCAAGAAAGACACUGGUGACACAAGGGAAACACCGGCUAUUGAUGUGUGCAAGGGACUUUUGGGAGAUAAGGCUCGUUUGAGCAUAUACGACCCUCAAGUCACUGAAGAUCAGAUUCAAAGAGAUCUGUCAAUGAACAAGUUUGACUGGGACCAUCCGGUGCACCUACAGCCAAUGAGUCCCACCACAGUGAAGCAAGUUAGCGUAGUUUGGGAUGCUUAUGAGGCUACAAAAGACGCUCAUGGACUCUGCAUUCUCACCGAGUGGGAUGAAUUUAAAAAGCUUGAUUUCCAGAAGAUUUUUGAUAAUAUGCAGAAACCUGCAUUUGUGUUUGAUGGUCGGAACGUUGUGAACGCUGACCAGCUGAGGGAGAUUGGAUUUAUCGUUUAUACUAUUGGGAAGCCGUUGGAUUUGUGGCUCAAGAACAUGCCUGCAAUGGCAUGAGCUCUGCUGUGUUUCUUCUUCCAUAUUUGGGUCAAAGAGCUUAGAAUUGAACAUUGUGAAAGGAACUUUUGAUUAUUUGAAACUGUUCUUUCCUUGAUGGAUUUAUCAUUUAUAGUUGAGUUUGGCCUUAUAAUAAUGUACUAAAACAUAUUUCUUUUUUUUUUAGUGAAAAUUGCAGCUGUGAUCUGUAAUCACAAUAGUUACAGAAGGUUUAAUUUUUAAAGUUGGACUGAAUGAUUGAUUAGUUUUUGUGCUA